AUGAACUGUAGCAGAUUUAAAAAAGUUGUAGACAAUGAAUCUGUCACCUCAGAUGAAGCACUUGCCCUGCCGUACGCUGAAAAAUUGCGACUAAUUCAGUCAGAUCCAAUUACGUGCGCUCACUAUUUCGAUUAUCGUUGCAAGGAGCAAACAAAAUUUUGGAACCUAGCCGGAGGUCCAUUUGGAGGAAAGAGUGUUACUCAUUCAUACCACAGAGUGGAAUUUCAACAACGAGGGUCUACCCAUAUACAUCAGCUUCUCUGGCUUAAGGGUGCGCCUGUUUUUGACGCACUGGCAGGAUCGAAUGAGCGUAAAGUGUGCGAUUUUAUAGAUGGUAUUAUUGGAUGCUUGUCUGUAAUGAGCGAUGUGGCGCAACAAGAAUCACAGAACAGACCGUAUUACAUCUUAUUCCAGUACCACAGGCAUGAACGUAUCUGUCGCAAACAUGGAUCAGAGGGGUGCAGAUUCGGAAUCCCAUUUUAUCAAAUGCGCGAAACUCACAUUCUACAGCCACUACUCGAGACAGUCAAUGUAAAUGAUCGCCAUUGUCUUGCCAGACAGCUGCAGCAAAUAAAGGCUGUUAUGAACCAGAGCGAAAAUCAAGACGGCCAGAGCUUGGACGAGUUUCUCGGUCUAUGCAAAAUUUCUGCGGAGGAAUAUUUGCUAGCAAUAAGGUCUGAACUGCGAAGAUGCGAAGUAUUUUCGCAACGAUCUCCUUCGGACAUUAUGAUCAAUCCGUUUUCCCCGAAAAUUUUAGCAACUAUUAGAUCAAACAUAGAUCUGCAGUAUGUGCUCGAUCCAUACGCAUGCGCUUCCUAUAUUAUCGAUUACAUCAAUAAGAGCGAUAGGGGAGUAAGCAGAACGAUAGAAGAUAUAGUAAAAGAGCUGCGGAAAGGUAACAACAGCCUAAGGCAAGCAGUGCAAAGCAUCGGCACAGCCCAUUAUAACACCACAGAGCUUUCGGUUCAAGAAGCAAAUUACGGUAUUCUUCAAAUUCCAAUGUCGCAGUGCUCCGAAAAGGUCAUAUUCACACAAACUUCACUGCCAGAUGAGCGACUCCACACAUUGGACCCAGCUUCUGAUGACUAUUUCGUACAUGGCAUAAUCGAACACUAUACGGAACGACCGGCUGAAUUGGAAGGAAUGUCACUCGCCGAUUUCGCCGCCUGCUACAACUACUACAAAACCUGGCCACGAGCAGCUCGACAGCCUGCUCCAGCGGUUGAUGAAGAUGCAGACAGCAGUGAUGAAACUGAUGACGCUCCGCACAUGAACACUACAUUGAAUUGA